AGAGAGAGAGAGAGAGAGAGAGAGAGAGAGAGAGAGAGAGAGAGAGAGAGAGAGAGAGAGAGAGAGAAGGAAAGGGAGUGACGAUGAAGCUCGACGCGAACAUGCUGAGGUACCUUUCGAAAGAAGAGUUUCGAGUGUUGACUGCUGUGGAGAUGGGCAUGAAGAAUCAUGAAAUUGUGCCAUCGGAACUAAUUGACAGAAUCGCUGGACUGAAGAGAGGGGGUGCUUUCAAGAACAUGAAGAGUCUUCUUCGCCACAAGCUCGUUCAUCACGACAGCUCCAAGUACGAUGGCUACCGGCUGACCUACCUUGGCUAUGAUUAUCUGGCCAUCAAGGUGCUCGUCAAUCGCGGCCUAAUUACCGCUGUUGGUCGUCAGAUCGGCGUUGGAAAGGAGUCUGACAUCUUCGAGGUAACCAAUGAAGACGGCGACACUUUGGUGUUGAAGCUGCAUCGACUGGGGAGGACUUCGUUCCGAGCAGUUAAGUCCAAGCGAGAUUACCUCCGCCAUCGCCAGAGUUACAGCUGGCUUUAUCUGUCGAGGCUGGCAGCUCUCAAGGAGUUCGCCUUCAUGAAGGCACUAGGGGAACAUGGGUUCCCAGUCCCAACGGCGAUCGAGUGUAAUCGGCACUGUGUGUUGAUGACCAUGGUUAAGGGGUACCCUCUUGUACAGAUUAGGGUGCUACGUCAUCCGGAAGUGGUGUUCAGGGAGGCUCUGCGCUUGAUUGCUGAGCUGGCAAAGCACGGGUUGAUUCAUUGCGACUUCAACGAAUUUAACCUGAUUGUCGACCAGAAACAUAAGGUCACAAUGAUAGACUUCCCGCAGAUGGUCUCCAUCUCGCACCGCAAUGCGAAGAUGUAUUUCGAUCGCGACGUGGAAUGCAUCCAUAGAUUCUUUCGAAAACGGUUUAAUUACACGCCGAUCGAGACGGAGGGGGGAGGAGAAGGAGGGACUCUCGCCCAGAGAAGAGCAAAAGCAAGAGGAAGAUCAAAGAGCGGUAGCGUCGAGGAGCAAGAUUGGAGUGGGGUUGCCAGCUCAGGUGAAGAUGAUGAUGAUGAUUAUGAUGAUGAUGAUGAGGAGGGUGUGGAGGAAGAGGGAGAGGGAGAGGAGGAGGAGGAGGAGGAGGAGGAGGAGGAGGAGGGUUGUGAGCGAGGAAGGCAAGAAGACAAUGGCAAGUGCGCAGGGGAGGAGGGUGAUGAUGACGAUGGGAUCUGGAUCGAUGGACGUCCAGACUUCGACAGGAUUGCAGGCAAGCUGGGAGCCUUGGACAAGGAGCUGGCGGCCAGCGGGUUCACACGAGAGAAGCAGCUGGCUUUGGAGUCCUAUGGCGAGGCCCAUGCUGAUGAUGACGAUGAUGAUGAUGAUGAUGAUGAGGAGGAGGAGGAGGGGAAAUUCAGCAAAGGCGAGGACGAUGCUGCUAGUGCUGGUGAAGGUGGCUAUGGCCGAGGCGGUGGACAUGGAGGAGCAGGUCAUGGUCUGGUGCAUUACGAAGACGAAGCCAACAGGGCACAGGUACAGCGAUCUGAACGCCAAACUGGCGAUGUGAAUGGCCACGUGGCGGCUGAUGAAGAGCUUAUCGCAGACCGAAUGAAGGCAAUGAGCAUGGCAACAGCGACGGAUCACGGUGCUGCUGAAGCUAAUAAUGCAUUCCCACGAGCACAUGGCUUGAAAACGACGAAUGGACGAAGGCACCGCCAUGCUGGAGGUGUAGAAGAGGAAGAAGAAGAAGCAGAUUCUGUGCGUUCUCAGCGUGUGUCUGAUGCAGCAGAAGAUGAGAAGCAGCAGCAGGAGGAUAGAGAUGUUGAGGAUUCGAACAUGGGAUCAAGAAGAAGAAGAGGAGGAGGAGGAGGAGGAGGAGGAGGAGGAGGAGGAGGAGGAGGAGGGGGGGAGUCAACAAAAGCAGCUGGGCAGGAGGUUAGCGAGCUCGAUAGCAGAAGGGAGGGCAGUGUGGGUUCAGAGUCACAGUCAGAGUCGGGUGAAGACGGAGAGGGAGGAGGGGAGGAGGGUGGUAGUAGUAGAGCAGGAGGACGUCUAGAAGCGGCGGGCGAGCGGGACAGAGAUGAGGUCGGCCGAGGGGUUGUCCAGGAAGUUGGGGCAAGUCCCAAGAGAUUAGAGAAGCAAAGAAAGCGUGCGGCCGCAUUGGUGAAAGGGGGAGGAAGGGGAGGCUAUGGCCACAGGAAUGCCAGCAAGGACAAGGGUGGGAAGAGGAGUAGGUAUCGGGCUUCUGAAAAGGCGAGCGACUUCUGAGAGGCAGGGCAACAGCAAGUUCGUGACUAAGUGCAGAUUGGUCAAUCAAAAAAUUGCGGACAUUCUUUGGGAAAUGCUUUAUGGUUUACAUCUAUGAGAAGGCUGAUUGAUUGUUUGAUGGAUGGAUAAAUUUGAUGAACUGAUGGAUCGAGGGUUGGGUCGAUCAAUGGCAUCGAUGGCUUGAUGGACUGAUGCAUCGGGGGAUUGAUAAGUAGAUUAGUAAGUCAAUUGAUGGAUUAAUGGAUGGAUUGGUUGAUUGGUUGAUUGAUUGAUUGAUUGAUUGAUUGAUUGAUUGAUUGGUUGGUUGGUUGGUUGGUUGGUUGAUUGGUUGGUUGAUCGGUUGAUAGAUUGAUUCGUUGAUGGAUGGAUGGAUGGAUCGAUGAAUUGAUUGAUUGAUUGAUUGAUUGAUUGAUUGAUUGAUUGAUUGGUUGGUUGGUUGGUUGGUUGGUUGGUCAAUUGGUUGCUGGAUUCGUUGACUGGCUGAUUGGUUGAUUGGUUGAUUGAUUGAUGGAUGGAUGGAUUGACGAACAGAUUGAUUGAUUGACUGAUUGACCAACAGAUCGAUUGAUUGACUGUUUGAUUGGUGGAUCAAUCCAUCAACUGGGCAACCCGGUUUGGUUGGUUGGUGGCGGAUUCAAUGAUUGAUUGAGUAUCGGAUGGAUGGGUGGAUGGAUGGAUGGAUUGUGUUGUUGCUUAGGAAGACAUCAUUUUGCUGUUCUUUCUGGGUCCUCAUUUUAUUUGGUUGUUUUCCCAGGAGAAGAGUAACUAAGAGUACACACGUCCUGCGCGUGGUAAUAAGUUUUUCCCGUC